CACCAACGACCUCUGCGCUUUGCGGCAUCGUGUGACGUCACGUAGGCGUGACACCCGCGGGCGAGCGAAGGGAGGGACCAAGGCCAAGAGCCCUACAGUUACGCCAUUCACGCGUAGGGAAAUACUAACCAGACAGCGGUGCAAGCCAAUCGCAAUCAGCGCUCUGGAAGCAGGGAGACUUGGGUGGAGACUUCAGAGACUGCAGUUGCAGUUCCAAAUAUAGAUGGAAUUCACUAUGGAUAAUUCAUAUGAUUUCAACAUACGAAGCUCAUGUAAUGGAAUUCCAUCUGAGAAGAAAAACAACUUCCUUGUGUCUGAAGAUCAUGGACAGAAAAUCUUAAGUAUACUGCAGAAUUUUAGAGAGCAAAAUGUCUUUUAUGAUUUCAAAAUAAUUAUGAAAGAUGAGAUAAUCCCAUGUCAUCGUUGUGUGUUAGCAGCGUGUAGUGACUUUUUCAGGGCUAUGUUUGAAGUAAACAUGAAAGAAAGAGAUGAUGGAAGUGUUACCAUUACUAAUUUGUCCUCCAAAGCAGUAAAAGCAUUUCUUGAUUAUGCCUAUACUGGAAAGACAAAAAUUACAGAUGAUAAUGUGGAAAUGUUCUUCCAGUUGUCAUCAUUUCUUCAAGUUUCCUUCCUAUCCAAAGCUUGCAGUGACUUUUUAAUAAAAAGCAUUAAUCUCGUCAAUUGUUUACAUUUAUUAUCUAUAUCAGAUAGCUAUGGUUCAACCCGUUUGUUUGAUCAUGCAUUAUACUUUGUACAACAUCACUUUUCUCUGUUAUUUAAAUCCAGUGAUUUCUUAGAGAUGAAUUUUGGAAUACUGCAAAAAUGUCUGGAAUCAGAUGAAUUAAAUGUUCCUGAAGAAGAAACAGUACUGAAGGUCGUCCUUAAUUGGACAAAACAUAACUUAGAAUCAAGGCAAAAGCAUCUGCCUCAUUUGAUUAAGAAAGUAAGAUUACAUCAGUUAUCCGAGGACACACUUCAAGACUGUCUUCUCAAUGAAGAGUGUUUACUCAAAAGCACAAACUGUUUUGACAUAAUCGUGGAUGCAAUUAAAUGUGUACAAGGUUCUAGUGGACUUUUCCCUGAUGCUCGACCAUCCACAACUGAAAAAUAUAUAUUCAUUCAUAAAACUGAGGAAAAUGGAGAAAAUCAAUAUACAUUUUGCUAUAAUAUUAAAACUGACUCAUGGAAAAUAUUACCACAAUCACACCUGAUUGAUUUGCCAGGGUCUAGUCUGUCUAGCUAUGGAGAGAAAAUAUUCUUGACUGGUGGUUGCAAAGGGAAGUGUUGUAGAAAGGUUCGACUUCAUAUUGCUGAGUCUUACCAUGAUGCUACCGAUCAAACCUGGUGCUACUGCCCAGUCAAAAAUGAUUUCUUUUUGGUAUCAAAUAUGAAGACACCAAGAACCAUGCAUACAUCAGUUAUGGCUCUCAACAGAUUAUUUGUCAUAGGUGGAAAGACUAGGGGAUCUCAGGACAUUAAAAGUCUCCUAGAUGUUGAGUCAUAUGAUCCUCUUUCUAAAGAAUGGAUAUCUGUUAGCCCAUUACCUAGAGGCAUAUAUUAUCCAGAAGCAAGUGCAUGCCAAAAUGUAAUUUAUGUUCUUGGAUCAGAGGUAGAAAUUACAGAUGCCUUUAACCCAUCACUUGAUUGCUUUUUUAAAUAUAAUGCUACAACUGAUCAGUGGUCUGAACUAGUAGCAGAGUUUGGGCAAUUUUUUCAUGCUACACUAAUUAAAGCUGUCCCUGUAAAUUGCACACUGUAUAUAUGUGACCUUUCCACCUAUAAGGUUUAUAGUUUUUGUCCAGAUACUUGUGUUUGGAAGGGUGAAGGGUCUUUUGAAUGUGCAGGUUUUAAUGCAGGUGCAAUUGGAAUUGAAGAUAAGAUUUAUAUAUUAGGUGGUGAUUAUGCACCAGAUGAAAUCACAGAUGAAGUACAAGUCUACCACAGCAGCAGGUCAGAGUGGGAAGAAGUUUCACCAAUGCCAAGAGCCUUAACUGAAUUUUACUGCCAGGUGAUUCAGUUCAAUAAAUACAGGGACCCAUGGUUUUCUAAUCAUUUCUAAAAGAAGUAUGUGCUUGGACAUUCUGAAGCUACUCCAUUCUUGUAACAUGGUAAAUCUGUUUGCCAUAAUGAUUGGUAGAAAGGUCUUUACAUCUUACUAAAAUAAAAUGUUCCUUCUAUUACAUGACUACUAUGUAUGUAUGCUAGCUAUGAAUAUACAGUUCCCAGAAAUGUAUAAUACACAAUACAAUUACCAAAAAUUAUGUUGAAUGUAAUUUAAUCUUGGAGAAUCCAGAAUACUUAGUAUUUUCAUAUGUAAGUAAAAGUUAUAGGCUUUGAUACUUUGAUUUUUUUAAAGUACUUCUCCUAUGAAAGAUUAGUUAAAACAAAGUUCGCAGAUUUGUACUAUAUAGAUGGGUAAAUCUCUUGAGGUAGUAAAAAUGAAUUAUACACACUAUAAUAUGGGACAUGAAAGAAAUUAUAAAUAGGUGAGAAUCCUAGCUUGAUACUGUCAGCCUAAGAGUUAUUGAAUUCUUGUUCUUUCUGAUCUUAGGUUAACUUUUUUAAACAUUUCUUUCUUUUAGUUAUUUUUUUUGCCAGAAUUUUUCUAAAAUGAAACAUAUUUCCCCAUCAUUCUAAACAGUAAACCUACACUAGUUUUUUUAGUAAUUCAGCUUAAUAAAAGCAUGUUGUACCAAUAUAGAAUACCAUGCUAUUGACAGUUACUUAAAUCUUUUAAAACUGAUUAUUUUUGUUGUCAGUUUAAAUUCUUUAGCAGUAUACCUUUCAUCAUAUUUUUGGCUCAUUAGUAAAUUAACAUUCUUUAUUAGUGAUUCUAAGUUAUAUCUAGACUGAAUUUAUCUUAACAUGUAACACAUGUAGUGAUAUUCUUAGAUUCUAGGAUGGUAGUCUUAAAAUAUUUUUUCUGUAUCAAUGUCAGGUUCCAACAUAAUUGAGGAUAUAGAAAAUUUGACCUCUAGAUAAGUGGAUCUUAUCAUUCCACUUCUUAAACUUUAUUCAAAUUUCAGCUACAGUAAGAAAUUUUAAGAUUUAUUCGUCACCACAUCAGUUUUCUGUAAUAACAUAUACAACCAUUAAAGCACCAUUCUGUUUUACUCCUUCAGUAAGUUACUCAUAGUAAAUUAAUUUCUAAUUUAAAAAGAUGACUAGCCUUUUUGUUAUUGAUAAUAGUAUUCACUACCUGUUUACGUGUUCAAUUUUCAACUCAAGUAAAAAGAAUAUUGGUCUUGUUUUCAAUAGAUGGUUCUGCCUUGCAAGGAAAUGUUUCUUUACUCAGUAUAAAAGACAUUUUACAUUUUAAGAUUCCUGGUUUAUAUCUCAGGUAAUGUGUAGAUUGUAUUUCUCUGGAAUCACAUGUAGUUUCAUAUACUUAGAAGUAACUUUUAAUCUGUAGUAAAUAUAAAGUGGAAAUGUAUUUAAAUGAAGUUUCUUUUAUUCUACCAUAUAAAAUUAUGAAAAUAAGUUUCAAAUAUAUUUUUGAAUAUCAAAGAGAAUUUAGAGUACAAACAGCAACUGUCUCCAAUGAGGUAACAGUUACAUAAAGAGAAUUCUGUAGAAUUGGUGGCCUUCCUAUCUAAGCACAUGAUUAGUUGGCUCUGCCCUUUCCUGUAGGUAUGUGUUUAAGAAAGAAAAUUUAAUGGAGGCUUCUCUAUAUUUGUGUGCCUUUGAAAACACAUUAUUUGAGAAAGACCAUAACAGUAAGUGACCUAUAUUUGGAUUUACUGAACCAUUAAUUUAAGCAUAUAUUAAUAGAGUAUGUUUAAAUAUUGUUGUCAUCACUGACUUUAGGAAUUGUUCAUCGCUUCCAGAAAGGAGAACUAAAGCAAAACCAAAUCCUUUCCUGAUACUGUUUCAUUAUUUUAUCAUCUUGAUUUCUACCAUUCUUCUCAUUGGCCAUUGCUUUAUGGCAAUGUUUCUAGAAAUAUCCUUCUUAUCAAAACGUAGGUGGUUCCCUAUGCAUUUUGUUUUUUACCUUUUUCUAAUGCAGAUUUUCUGCCUUAGUUGCUACAGGGGCUGUGGAUUAUUUCUUGAUCAUUUUCAUGCAUUGCCAUUCCUUUAUAGCACACUUUUCAGCUCUUCUUCAAUUAUCACUGUGAAGAAAAUACUAUGUCUAGUUAUAAGACCCCAAACUCUUCCUGUAUUCACUAUUUUUUCUCAUUGCCUGUGGGCUUUGCAUCACUAACUGAUCUUCUAAUUGAAUCUCGUUGUCGUUGUACUUUCAUUUGAUCUAUAAGCCUUAAAAAUGAUUCUGUCUUUAGAUUCCUCAAGGAAUCCAUCUACACAGGUUCAGUGCUGGGUGUAUGUUCUAGUCUUGCCAAUCAUGGCUUUACUGUCUAAGAACAAAAUGUAUCAUUCUGAUCUCAUCAUUCUGGAUUUCUGACAUGCAAAUCUCAGCAAUCCCUCAAGUCUAUUAACAGUAUCUCCAGAAGAGGCCAUCUUUUCUGUUUGUAAAUUUAGGUAAGAAAAAAUAACAUUCUUUUAUGAACUCUUCCCUUAGUCAUUAUUUUCAAAAUCUGUCUUCCUUUCAUUUUAUUUUUCAGCCAGUGCUACAGCAUAAGAGACAAUUGUGCUCAUUUUCCAGAUUGUUGUCAUUCCUGUGGAGAAAUUCUGCAUAACAUUUCUACUACAUUUAUAUUAUGCAUGAAAAAAUAUUUGAAUAUUGUGCUAUCUUUAAAAUUUAAAGGUAUAUGUCAAUAAGCAUAAAAAGAUUAACAUCUGAGAAAAAAACUCAAUAAAUAUUCUUAGAGUGACCUCUGGAUUUGGGCUAAAAUCUAAUGUAACUUUUGUUCAUCUGCAGCCUUUGAGAUAAAUAAUAUGAAGAAUAUUUGCAUAAUCAAAAUUAACUGAAUUUCCAUAAUAUUCAACUCUGAUACUGGAAAAGAAAGAGAUCUUACAUGCUACUGUUGGAAGUUAGAUUAUUUGAGAGUGACUUUAUAUUGCAAUAUGAUUCCAUUUUCUCAGAGGAACAACUAACUGAGUAUGUAUUGAGUGUGCUUAGCUCAAGGUACAUCACUUGAAAAUCAGAAUUGCACAGAGAAAUGCAUUUGUUUAUAUUUUGAUAUUUGAAAGCAAAAAAUACUGUGAUGUAAUGAAUAAAUAGUUAAAUGUAUAAUAUUACUUUGAGAUUUUAAUUGGAUCUAGUAUUCUCAAAAUUAUCUAUAUUUAGAAUUGAAGUGUAAUAUCCCAAAAUGUUUUUCUAGAGGGCAGCUCUGGAGGGACUCCUAAACACAAGGGCUGAAAUUUAUAGGAAACCAGAUUUAUGUCUAAGAAACAACUUUACUCCAUGAAGUCCUUUUUAUGAAGUCCUACUUUAGAUUGUGACUAUUUAUCAAGGACUCUGGUGUUUGACAAAUUGUUAGCUCAGUGAUUUCCUUCACAGGAGUGCAUGACCAAAGAUUUUUGCAUUCUAUUUAUACAUUUUGAUUUCAAUCAUUUUCCUUAUAUGGACUAAUUGCUUCUUCCUCCAAUUUAGUUAGCAAUUUAGAUAUCUGAUUUCAAUGGUUGUGCAUACUCAAGAUUUUUCAAUAGGACCUGAGACUUUAAACUGUUUAAUUUGAGAAGCAUUUUGGUUAAAGGGGAUUUUUUUUUUUCUUUUAAUCACUCAGGAAAAGUCGGUAAAUGGUGCUGACAUUUAUAGUGAGAUGUUGACUGGGAUUUUCCCUUAUACUUAUCAUAGAUGCAUGUUUGUCUUAUAGUGAAUAAAAACUAAAAGCCA